UUACCGCGAGACUGAGCGCACUAAGCAUUGGAAAUGGAAGGCGAUGCGAGCUAGCAGAAGACAUUUGUGUGUUUCGGAAAUGUAACAUUUGUACUUAAGCUGCCAUGGAUGCCAGUCUGGAAACAGAACAAGACAACAUUGCUGGUGAUCACAAGUCAGAGCAACAAGGUGAUCUGGAACACCAAAUUGGGAUAUCAGAAGAUACAGAUAAGACUGCUCGUCCUAGCCUCUCAGAGUUUAAAAAGUCUUGGGGCUUCAGGCGGACAACUGUAGCCAAGAGGGAGUUCAUGGAGGAAAUCAUUGACCUGGACCCUAACCCCAUUCGCAGGGGCAGGAGUCGCCGCACCAGGCAAACACGCCAGCCCGCUGUAGACCCUGAGCCCCCCCCAAAACCUAGCCGCUCAGCCAGUUCAGUUAUAGACAACCUAGAAUGGUCCGCUCCCUCCUCGCCUGUGGAUACACCAGCCGCAGAGGCCUCCACGGGAGGGGCGCUCGACCCCAGCUUAUGGCAGGACUUUGGCUCUGCUUUCCACACUGCCUUCUCCCUUCUCGGUGGGAAUGAGGACACGCCCAUGGACAUGGCAGAUCCCCUGCCAGGCCCUGAUGAUACUUGCGCAGUGGAUUUGAGUGAAACCCUUAGCUCAGCCGGGGCCGAGCUACCCGAGAUGGGAGCAGACGGUUCUGACAGUGUGGAAGGGGCUGAGGAUCCUGACCCCCCUGAGUCUUCUCUCGUGGGCGUGGUGGGGGAUGAAAACCAGGAAGUGCUUAUGAUCUCCAGUCAAGAAGAUGACAGCGACAACUUGACUCUCCUGCAGCUGAAGGAACAGCUGACAUCCAAAGGGCGAACCGGCCGAGGAGGGAGAGGGAAGGCCCGUGGGAAAGGUAGGGGGAGAGGGCGAGGUAGGGGCAGAGGUAAAGGGAGGGGUCGUGGAAGGGGCAGAGCAGUGGAACUAGAGUCCAGCACUGCAGAUGAUGAUGAAGAUCAUACUCUAGUGAGUCAGAAAGCACUGUCACUGCUGCACGAACAACAAAAGCCAGAAGGCAGUCCAAAGGAGGUGGUGGUGUUGGACUCAUCCAACAGUCCCAGCAAACUUAUAGACUCUGACUGCAUAAUCUUGGACAGUGACCCUGAACAGUCUGCCGAUGGCACCCCAGGCCAAUAUGACGAUCCAGAGGACGGGAGAGUUGUUGAGGAGAGGGGCUAUUCGAGUAUUUCCGACAGCGAAGGCUACGACCCCAACGCCCUGUACUGUAUCUGCCGUCAGAAACACAACAAAAGGUUCAUGAUCUGCUGCGAUGGCUGCCAGGAGUGGUUACACGGAGGCUGUGUUGGCAUCAGCGAAGCACAGGGUCGUUCCAUGGAGAGGCGAAGAGAAGAGUACAACUGUCCUACCUGCACCAACAAGAAACAAAGAUCACUCCUUGCUGACGUCCCGUGUGAAGAUUUGUCUGAGAGAGCAAUUCCAGCAGGCUUGCCGAAUGUUCUCGCAUCUACUGCUUCUGUCGAAACAGUGGUAGAGGUCCCCAAGCAGCAGGAAAGCAAGGGGGCUGCUGAGGUGACGCCGGAGCAGGCCGGGCCAGCGCCUGAGAUUAAGACGGAGACGGGCAGCUCGUUUCCUCUCUGCAUCGGCCCCAGUUGCCCCAAACAGGCCUUGCAAGACUCUGUGUACUGUGGCACUGAUUGUAUCCUCAAGCAUGCAGCAGUCACCAUGAAGUCCCUUACCGAGCCCAAGCCCAGAAGUCGACCACAGAGAAAAGCUGCCGCCAGGGGUCAGAGGUCGGGUGGGGUGACUCAGAGUGUGGCAGAGCAACUGAAGGAACAUGAAGAGGAACAGCAAGGUGAUGGGGGUCAGAAAGAGGCAGCGUCUCCCCUCGCCUGUCAUUCCAGCCUCAGUGCAGUUGAGGCUGCUCCUGUAGAGGCGUCGCCUGUGUUGUGCAUGGCCUGUAGGUAUCUUUCACUGCACAAACACAUCCAACUGGCUCACGACAGACCCUCAAAUGAAUCAGUGAAAUCACAAACAGGCCAACAUCUCCAACUUGUAGUCCCAGGCAAGGGAACACACUCACACUCACACUCUCACACACACACACACACACACACACACACACACACACACACACACACACACACACACACACACACACACACACACACACACACACACACACACACACACACACACACACACACACAAAGAUUUUAUUUAGCAGAGUUCAGCAAUGGGUAAGUAUGUUCGCUUUUUUAUUUUGCUUUCUUCAGUGAAUGUACAUCUAUAUUCAGUACAUGUCAAUCUUGAGGGGUCUGCAUUUCAGUAUACCGGCCACACUCAAUUUGGUUGCAAAUGUGACUCAAAACCACGUUUUCAAAGUACCGAUGCAGAAGCUGAAUAGACACAAACCACCCCGUACAGCAGGAAUUGGUCUGAAUACUCCAGUUCCCAAUAUCAAUGUGAACACCAUCAGCACUGCCACACUACUGCCAAUGUACACGUUACAAAGCAUACGCUGUACAAUUAUUUUAUUGAACAGUGAAGAAAGACAGGGCAAAUUGGAAGAACUUGACAUAGAAGAACCCCCCCCAACACCUUAACUCGUAACCUAACACCGCAGAUUUAGUUAUCUUCUUUCACAAUUCUCUGGAAAUGACAGUCGCAUUCAAAACUCCCACGUCAUCUUAAAAUAUGAAUAUCUUAGGGUCCAAAAUAUUGUGAGUGAUUUCUCCAGAUUGUUAGUAGGCAAGCCCUUUUAUUUAGUUUGGCCCUUUCUUGCGGUUUCUGAUCAGCAUAUAUUUGUAUAUGCAAUUGUAUACUCAUCCUCUCAGUAAACCCUUUUAAGUUUUGUA